CUUCAUCUCGACCUUUGCACCUCGCGUGCUUCUUCUUGCACUUACGGCAGGAGGCCUAUUCUGCCUCUUCGCCCUCAAUCAUCAUGCGCGAGCCGAGUUCAGCAGCUCGGCGUUUCUAUCGUGCCUUCUACCAAUGGACUGUGCUCACAACUCAACGCCAGCACGCAUCACCAAAAGUCUCGUCCAAGACGCUGGUCCAUGUCCGCCCGCUCAGUUCUACAGCCUCGCUGCUGACAAGAGGGCUCGAAUACAAGACUGGAUCCAAAUCUGUGCUAUGGCCACGCGGAGAUGUCGAUCGACGAGAACGUCAAAGCCAACACGCCUCCUCCGCGACGCCCCUUCCGUUCCCUUCCUCACAGCUCAACGGCAGUGCAAUAUCAAGCCUCGACCGACCCUUCGAUACGCUCCAACCAUGGGAGACAGUGGUACGCUACCGCUCUGACCAUGGCAUCAUGAUCGAAACUGCCAUCCCCGCCGACAGCCUCUCUGCGCUCGAGCGUCGCCACGGCCGCAGCCUACAACGUCUUACUCGCGCCUCUUCGAGCGAAAGCGAUGAGGUCCCAGUUACCAUUGAUGUCGGCGACCAGGCUGUGACGCAGCAUGUCGAGGGAAAAAAUGCAGUGCGGGUGGUCAGUGUGAUAUACAGUGGGACUGUGGAGCAAUGUACGCGCGUGCAUUCUGAACUGCUCGGGACUGCCACAAAUCCAGCUACUGCAGGUCGCAUGCCAUCCCGAAAAUUGGAGUGGACCAAGAAACCCCCCAUGCCGCAAACAAAGGUUCCAACCUCGUCCCUGACCCUGUUCUCCUGGGUUCUUCGGGAGAAAUCACCCGACGGCAACUUUAUCACAGCCGAAGUGGUAUACCCUGGCGCGCUAUGGCACGGGAGGCUGCGAAAUACCAUGCGCGGCCUUACACCGAUCCGAGAAAGCUCUGGCGCAGAGAUCAUUGUCAAACCUUCGUUUGAGGUGUUUGAGGAGCUCAGAGGCAAACGCUGGUGGCAGCCUGUAAUAGUGAAAGGCUCUUUGGAGCAAGUCGUGCUGGUAAAAGAUUCUUUCUAUGCGCUAUUUGGUCCGAUCGAUUUUGUGAAAGGAGUAUCGAGCGAGUACAAAAGGGGCAUGGACGAUGGAGGACUGCCUGUUGAGCGCGCCAGCGUGGAUGCAGAACGACCACUCUCCGGAUCCUCCGACAUCGAAACGCCUACGGCAGCACAUGAAACGAAGCGCUCAGAGUUGCCACUGUGGGAGCGAGACUUACCCAAACUCGACAAUCGACCAGUGGAAGCUCAGAAGCUCAAGAAACAGGAGGAGCAGAAGCUGGGGCGACAGGAAGAAGACAUUGAGCCCGAGGCUGACAAUGAACAAGAGCCUGCGCCUGUCAGCGAUGCAAGGCCACAUUCAACGUUUGAUCGCCUCUUCAUUCCUGCGAAAGCAUCCGACUUCCUCGCCACGAAGAUUGAAGACAUCAGAUCACAAUUCGGUGAUUGCGACAUUGAAUUCGCACAUGAGGCUACGGCUAACGGAGAUGUGUCGGAACCCGGGCACAUGACGCUUGUAGCGCCGAACCUGGAGCAGUUGGCAUCGAUGAAGCGAUUGAUCAGCCGACUUGUCGUACAGGCACUGGGCGUACGAACCAAGGUACAGUUUGCCUUUACAAAGUUCUUACCGCAGCAAGCUGAGCUCUCCGUUCCUGCGAGGGCUGUGGGAUGGUUGAAGGUGAGACAGAGGGAUAUAUGGCAUCACACGGGCUGUCUGGCGACAAGUGAUGCCAGAGAUGAGGGAGCUGAGGAAGCUGGAUUCCUUCUACGCGCAGCAACCUCCGACGAACUCGCAGCAGGCCGGCAAUACAUUGAUCGUCUUGUGAAACGACUUCCUGAUCCAAUAGAUAUGAAGCCGUCGGCACACACCGUUCGCGAGACUCCUACUGAGGCGACUACGACUGCUGCAGAAGCAGACGACUUAUCCGAAGACAACUUCACAAAUCAUGAGGAAACAAGCACGAAGAUUGACCAACUUGAGAGCGCGCGUGGAGUCUUUGUAGGACCUCAGACAACUUCACCGGUAUCUCAGAGAGAAUCGGAGAUUGGCGCUGGUUGGAUUCCUGCGACUUCAAUGGCUCGAUCGAUGCACGCUGCGAGGGCAUAUUCCACAAGCCCAGCACUGAGCCGCUCCUUGCCCGUCAAUGCCCAGAAGGCGGCCGAGAAGUUGAAAGUGACCCACGAUGCUCACAUUGAUCCGGAGCAACUGUCAGAGGACUUGAAACGUGCGCUGCGGCCCCUCACCCAUCCGGUGGUUGUCAUCACCUCCAGCAUUCCUGCAAAACAAGAGAAGGCCGCCUCAGACUCCCCGCUCGCAUUGGCCCGCGGCGUCACAGUCUCGUCAUUCAACACAGUGUCUUUAACACCGACACCUAUCAUCUCCUUCAACCUCCGUGUGCCAUCGCGCAGCUGGGAUGCCAUCAGCGCCUCGGGACGACUGGCUGUGCACGUUCUCACUGCUCGUCCACAAGGCGCCGCCCUAGCACACGCUUUCACGCAGCCGUACGAUGAGCCCAGCGAGCCUUUCCAUCGUCUUCAGCAGCUGGGUGUCGUGGUAUCUGUAUCACGACCAGAUGGUGCCGAAACGCUGCCUACCUUGGAGUGGGACGGCGCGCUGAUUGCACGGUUUGAAGCUACCGUGUUGGAGAGCAAGUGCAUCAAUGUCGGUGAUCACAUCAUCGUCGUUGCGGAAGUGUAUGAUGUCUUCUUUCCUCCAGCGGCCGAAGGAUCCGAGGGGGAGAAUACGGAGGUUGAUUCCGUCGAAGGUCUGUCGUACGCCAUGAGAGGAUAUAGAGGCGUGGGACCGAACAUCGACCCUGACGCAUUACCUGAUUCUCGAUCCGCGCCCCAGAGACAAGCGACUCACGCAACAACGUACAACGCAGCCCCUGGCAACAUUCCUGGCUCGCAGAAAGCAACAUUUUCAACCCUCACCAGAGCUCGAAUGUACUCAACCUAUUCCAUACCAUCGAAAGGAGAAUUUGCAGACCAGAUCGAGGAAGGAGAACCUACAGCACAAAUGGAAAAAGCAGAGUCUACCGACCAGGCCGAAAAGGCGAGGAUCCAAAACGCAGUCUCCGAUCCAGCGCUACUCUCUACAACAGUCGGCGACUUUUUCGACACCACCCACGACCUCUUUCCAGCCCGCCCAGCCAUCCGAGGCAUGAUGCGAGCCCAAAAGACCGCACACGAUGCCUCAAACCGGCUCAAAUAUGGUCUCGCGAGCGGGACACUGACUGGUGAAGAAUCUCUCGAACUCGAGAAGAUCAUCACGCGCAACGAACGGCAGGCAACGAAGCAACUCGCUUUCGGGUCGGCGGGGAGGCUCCGCCGAAUGCUGGACCACGGGCGUAUGGAUUUCAGGAAUGCGCAGUGGAUGGAGACUAAUAUUGAGAAUGGCCAGGCUGUGCUCAUUGCGCAGGCGAAUGAGGUCAGGCAGUUGUCAGAUGAGGGGAAGCUGGAUCAGAUGCAGUUUGCUGCUGUUAAGAAGCGGUUGGAAGAGGAGGGGCAGUUUCUGGCGACGGAGCUUAUGAGGUUGAGGGAAUUGGUCAAUGAGGAGGAUGAAGGCGAUCGUGACGGUGGGAAGCCGAAGUUUGAUGGGUUUCAGGGGAAUGUGUGAGGUGGUAUGUGCUACUCGUACAUCUCUCCUUGCCUUCCUCGACUCGUGCACGCUUCUUGGGUCGCCCGUCGUCGCCACAG